ACAUGGCCUACUGAACAACAGUCGACAGAAAGUAGGCCUCUUCACAACUGAUUAUUCACUUUAAGCAUGCGAUCUAACAAAUAUUCAACUGUUAUUUUUAUACUCCAACUGCCAAUUUAACCCAAGGUAACAAUUAUCAUCUGAACUGAAAUGAAACCCAAUUUAAUAUCAGAAGAAUCUGAGAAUGAUGAGAAGGGAGAUUUUAUACAAAUCUCUGGUCAUAAAGGGAUCUGUAAAUCAGCAUCGUCGAAAACUAUUUAUAAGAAACUUAAGAAUGGAAAUAACGAAAAUUAUGCCUAUUUAAAGGCUAUGGAAGAUGAAUAUGCCAGAGUUUGUAUUCCAAGAUUUUUUAGGGCUUUAAAAGACGGUGAUCAAGCUCUUAUCGAAUUGGAGAACUUAAUGCAGUACUUUAAAAGUCCAAAUAUUAUGGAUAUCAAGCUGGGCUGUAGGACCUUUGAAGAAAACGAGGUACAAAGUACUGUUUUACGGGAGGAUUUAUACGAUAAAAUGCUGAAAUUAUACCCCGACUGCUGUAGUGAGGAGGAGAAGAGGGAGAAAGCUGUGACAAAAUUAAGAUAUAUGCAAGUUAGAGAAAAAAUGUCUACUACUUCUAAGCUUUCCUUUAGGAUUGAGGCAGUUCAUAGUUCGACUGCAAAAUAUUCUCAGGACGUUAAAAAAAUCACUAAUUCCGUUCAAGUUUUGGAUUGUUUUAAAUUCUUUUUGAAUAAGGCUCACGAUAAAAGACUUUUGGAGACUUUAGUUGAAAGAAUUAAGCAAUUAAGAUGUAAUAUAGAGAAUAGUGAAUUCUUUCAAACCCAUCAAAUAAUAGGUAGUUCGUUACUGCUAAUACAUGACGGAUCAAAUUGUGGUGCUUGGAUCAUUGAUCUUGCACACGCAAUCCCCGCUCCUGACGGAAUACAGAGAUUGAAUCAUAGAAGCGAUUGGAAAUUUGGUAAUGGAGAAGAUGGAAUAUUAACUGGUUUAGACAACAUUAUCCGCCUAUUUCGAUCAUUCCUUUAGCAGUGAGAUUAAAAUUAAUAUUAUAUUUAGCAUUCAAAAAAAGAGAACUAUUUACAUUCAAAACAAAAAUAGAGUGAUGCCAAUUAAAAUUUUUAAGCCACUUAGAGUGCCAUAAAUCAUUAAAAUAAAUGCAUUAAUUGCAAACAAUUAAAAGAAAAAUAUAUAUUUAAAAUGGCUAUGGUAGUUAAAAUUGUAAUUUGAAGCUUAAAACAAAUUCCAUUUAUACAGUAUAAAUAAAAUUUGCUUUAUCUUUUCAUUGUCAUUCUACAAAUCAAAAUUGAUCUCAUUACCCUUUUGGUUUGUGUUUUUUUUUUUUAAAAGCGAGUUUGUCACACUCUGUUCUGCUGAAAGUUGUUUUGUCAAGUUUUUUUUUCCCAUUUUUAGGUUUAACGGUUUAAGUUGUUUGCUUAAGCUUUAUAAACUAUGGUGCUAUAAUUUCUUUUUUGUUAUGUAUAAAGAUUCAAAAUUACGCAGAAAAAAUUCCAAAUAUGCUAAAAUGGGAAAAAAGUACUUUUUAAGGUCUAGUUUACCAUUCCUCACGUGAAAAAUGAUUCUAUGCAAAACAAGAAAGAGAAACUUCCAAUGGCAAAAUAAUGUGUUAUAGACACAUAUACAAAGACAUAUAUAUAUAUAUAUAUAUAUAUAUAGGUAUAAACCAAAUCCACAUUAAGGGCACAAUUAAAAGCUAUCUUUCAAAGUUUAUUACAAAAAAUUUAUUAUUUAUAUAUAUGUUGUUCUGGUUUGUUUAUGUUUUGUCAAGGUUAAAUCCAAUAAAUUGGUAACUGCAG